AUGAGCUUUCUGCCAUUUGUUGGUCUGCCGUUAUCAGGCUUAUCAUUGGAGCUCGGCGACGGCUACAUACCAACCAACGAGAUGCCCAAAAUUAUCGGACGAACUUUCGAUAAUUAUCAGGCUAGGCAAGGCUUCUAUAUGCCAGACAAGCUGGUACUCCGGUGGUCCUCAGGGUCCUCCGCAAUGCUGCCCGGAAUGGGCAUCAUCUAUACCCCUGAAGGUGUGGAACGAGAUCGCUACGCCGGGCUCAGCCGCCUGCCCAACUCACUCGCCAUGGAUACAUCAUUGCCCGAGGUGUUUCUAGGGCCACAAGCUGAGGAGCCAUUGGUGGGCAGGGCCUGGGGAAUGCGCGCUGCGUACGAUUGCUCCGUGGUGACAGACGUAUCGGAGUUUGCAAUUCUGAACCGACGAUCACAGGCUAAAGAGGACUCGCCCUUGAACGUGAUCAGUGACAGAAGGCAACUGAGGCUCGGCCUUUCGACAGGGGAAGAGAUCCACCCUAUACUAGACCGCAGCAGCAACCUGGGCAGUUACGCGGAAAUGGGUCUUUCUUUCAAGCAUAACAAAACAGCCAUACCUAUAUAUGAUGGCACAGAGGCGAGCUCGUUCGACUCGGCGGGGCUGGCAAAGGCGGAUAUCAUUGAGAUGGCCCUGUGGCAAGUCCGGCUGGAGGCCAGCGAUGGUGAUCAGGUCGACUUCAACGAAGCAGCCGGCCCGGGAAUCAAAGGCAUAGGCCAAGCUUUCGUGAAGGCGCCAGACGGAUCCGGACUUUUCGUUCCCAACAGGACCUUCUUCCAAAUGGAUAACAUGAACGAGACAAAGCUCCUCCUGGAGGCGAUAGGUCUGCAAUCCAAUCAUACAGAUGCGCUCGAGGUGUUCAACAGCACCUUUCGCAUUACAGCCGCGGCAGCUCCGAUUGGUGUCCGCUGCAGCUCCAUCUCGACGGUUGGCUAUGCCGUGUUGGAUACCGUCCGCUCCGCCUUCCACUCUUUUGCCGGCUCGCCCCUACCUCUGCCCAACGAGUCGACCGAGGGCGCGGUGCCACGCCUGGGUGUGUUCGCGGCUAAGAUGCUCUUCGGGGACGGCCUCUCCCCGGGGACAAGCGCCGCCGUCCGAGACGCUCUCGUCGCACGCCUGCUCUCGGCCAUCGGCGCGCCGCCCCCGCUAGCCAUGUCCAACAGCGCCCAGUACGGCAGCUUCGUGCAGGCGGGGCAGCUGCAGAGCGCCGCGAUGACGGCCUACGCGCUCGACGCCCUGGAGCUCAUGUACGACACGACGUACCGCUUCGAACAGGCCCAGGAGCGCCCGGGGCUGACGGGAUCCGAGAAGGGCAAGGUGCUGACCCCGGGGAUAGUGCCGCCGGAGAUACCCGCCGUUUUCUUCGGGCUGUGGGCCGUAGGCUCGGUCGCGCUGGCGCUGGCGUAUGGCUUCCGCAGGAGGCAGUCCGACGCGCUGAACGGGUACAGCUUCUUCCGGCUCGGGGUUGAGAAAUCGGGCGAGGUGGCGGAGGUAUUCAGUUGA